ACGCAAUUCGUAUUACAAUUUUACGCUCUCUUUAUCAACUAUUCAAUGUCGGAUAAUUUAGUAUUCUUUUGCGGAUGGGAAUUCCAUAAUAUAGAAAAUUUGGAGGAUCACUUGGAUAUGUGCUUCGAGUUGGGACUGCAAUACUGUCUUGUACCUAUAUGUAAAAAAACUAGAAAAAAACUUGUGGACAAGCUGGUUUUGUCUAAAAAUAAAGUUGGGUUACCUCCUCUUAGUUUUAACGAUGUCAACUUAAUUCGCCAAAAACAUAAUGCUGCAACAGGAGCCGUUUUAUCAGAUUGGUUUAAUCUUGAUAGUAAUAAUGAACAAAUCGCUUAUGUUCACGAACAAGCAGUCCACCAGGAGUUAAUGCUUUCUCAACACAUCGGUGUUCCUGUUGUGGUUCUUCCUUCUUUUAUUGACGAGCAAUUUGUUAAUUAUGCGCGGGUUAUAAAAUCUUUUCUACACGGUUACACCUCAGCUCAGUACUGGCUGCGAGUGAAACUUUUGUCCUCGUACGAUUGUGCAGUUGCUUGGAGACGGUGGGACUUCUUCCGGACUCUUGUGAGGUCGAAUAGUAAACUCUUUGUUGCUCUUGAACUGUCUUCCGAGUCUCCGGAGGACAUCUUUAUGGGCCCGUGGUGCAGUGAAGUCGUUAAGAGUAUAUUUUUGCCGUGCGAUCUCUUCCUGAAAAACGCUAAAGGGUUUCCUGUAUUGAAGAAAAAGCACCAAUCAUUUGUAGAAAGCUUCUUUCGGUUUCCUGCCAUCCGGUACACCUUGACGGGGACGCCUUGGCAUCCCUGUGGCAUAAGGCCUUAUUUAGAAUAUAUGCAGUUCUUAUUCCAGAAGAGACCUCCGUCGUCUCUGAUCGAUAACUUUUCUGUGGGGUACGAAGACUAUCUGCAAGCCCCUCUUCAGCCACUCAUGGACAACCUCGAGUCUUCGACUUACGAGGUUUUCGAAAUGGACCCCGUCAAGUAUAAUCUAUACGAGGAAGCAAUCUAUAAGGCCCUUUUGGAUAAAAAGUCCGAGGACCCCCUCGUGGUAUGUGUGGUGGGCGCUGGGAGAGGGCCACUCGUCUCUCGCUGUCUGGUGGCUGCAGCUAGGGCUGAGCAGCAGGUCGAAGUUUGUGCUCUUGAGAAAAACCCAAACGCUGUUAUAUCCUUACAAAAGAAAAACGUGGAGGAGUGGGACGGUUGCGUUCACGUGGUGUGUGCAGAUAUGCGCUUCUCUGGACCGCCAAAGCAGGUGGAUCUACUCGUUAGUGAACUGCUGGGGUCGUUCGGCGACAACGAACUUUCGCCAGAAUGUUUGGACGGCGCGCAGCUAUUUCUCAGAGAGGGCGGAGUAAUCAUACCCACCAGCUACACUUCCUUUAUAGCCCCUCUAAUGGCCCCUAAGCUUCACGCUGGUUUGGAUACUCAGCCCCCCUCGUCCCUUUGCUUGCGGAAACUCACAAACUUCGAGACACCGUAUGUGGUUCGCAUGAAGUGCGCUCACGUGAUGUCCUCGCCGCAGCCGCUGUUUACUUUCACUCAUCCGAACUACGAGACUCCUAUCGACAAUACUCGCUUUGGAGGCAAAACGUAUAUCAUGAAUACUUGCGGGCGUUUGCACGGGAUUGUUGGGUUCUUUGAAGCAGUGCUCUACAAGGACAUCGUACUCAGUAUCCUCCCAGAGACGCACUCGGUAGACAUGGUAAGUUGGUUCCCUAUCUACUUUCCUAUCGAAAAACCAAUCAGCGUUCGUCAAAAUGACGAAGUGACCAUCUACUUUUGGCGAAAGGCGGAUAAGCGCAAGGUCUGGUAUGAAUGGUGCGUUAAGGGUCCUGAAGCCUCGACGAUCCACAAUAUAAAUGCAAGAUCCUAUUUCAUUGGACAUGGACUAAUAAGAAACUAGCAGAAUCUUUUAUUUAGUCAUGAGGGGGCUUACAGGGUCCAACAA